AGAGUCCCGCCAAGGCGCCGUCUGCGGCGUGAGCCUGUCACCACCAGGGGGCGCGCGCCGCCUCGGCCCAGAUUCCACCCCUGCUCACGGUCUCCCCUCCAAAAUUUCCUUUCACUUUCGAUCUCUGGCUGUCACCCGGCUUGGCCUCUUCCACACCCAGCUGGGGCAAGCCUGACCCAGCCGCAGGCAUGAGGGCCCCCCGGCCGAGAUGAUAGUGCUGGCGCCAGCCUGGAGCCCAACUACCUCCUUGCUGUUGCUGCUGCUGCUGCUGCUUCUGAGCCCCGGCCUUCGAGGGACCCAGAACUGCAACUUUGAGCACAGCCCCAUCACCUCCAACUUUGCUGUCACCAUCCGCAAGCUGUCUGACUACCUGCUUCAAGAUUACCCUGUCACCGUGGCCUCCAAUCUGCAGGAGGAGGAGCUCUGCGGGGCCCUCUGGCGGCUGGUCCUGGCCCAGCGCUGGAUGGAACAGCUCAAGUCUGUGGCUGGGUCCCAGAUGCAAGUCCUGCUGGAGGCUGUCAACACUGAGAUACACUUUGUCACCACAUGUGCCUUUCAGCCCCUCCCCAGCUGUCUUCGCUUCGUCCAGACCAACAUCUCCCACCUCCUGCAGGACACCUCCAAGCAGCUGAUGACUCUGAAGCCCUGGAUCACCCACCGAAAUUUCUCUCGGUGCCUGGAGCUGCAGUGUCAGCCCGAAAGUCUCCUAGUCCCUCAACCCACCACCCUACCUGGUCCUCUCCCAUCCUCACAGUCCCUCACCUCUCUUCUCAGUGUGUUUCAGAGCCCACCCUGCUCCCAUUGGCUGUGGGGGCUAGCCAGUUAG